AUGGUCACUCGUGUUCUCAAAUAUUCAAUUCCAACCGUCACAACUGCAAUCAGUGCAUAUUAUUUGAGCGAUGAAAACAAUCGAAAUUCAUUGAUUCGAACUGUGACUGCAAAAGCGUUCAGGGAAGAAAGCAAGUUCGAUUCGUAUUUUCCACGUGGCGAAUGGGAUCAUAAUUGGGAUUUGUGAGUUGAAAUAAGAUUGUCCAAUAAGAGUUUUCCUUUUUUUGCAGCCGUGACCCAGAAAGUUUGGUAGAUCGAAAGAAAUACAAUAAAGCAAACGAAGAAGAAAAAGAAGAAAUUAUUGGAAGCUCAAAAGAGUACCGCUACCCGAAACAUUUUCCUAAUUCGACAUGGUCAAUAUCAACUAGAUACCGAUGACAAAUUUUUGACUGCACUAGGAAGAGAACAAGCCGAUUUAUUGGGAAAACGAUUGGCUAUUUCGGAUAUCAAAUUUGAUAAACUAUUGAUGUCAACAAUGAAUAGAGCAACUGAAACAGCCAAUAUUAUUUUGGGACAUUUUCCGGAUAAUUUUCCAAGAAGUUCAUCAUCGAUGAUUGAAGAAGGUCCACCAUAUCCACCAGUUCCAGAACAUAGAGAAUGGAGACCAGCUGCACCGGUAUGUAUUUAUUUUGUCUAUUUCUAAAAAUACUAGUUUUAAGUAUACGAUCUUACAAUUAGUCUGUAAAAUAUCAAAAGUUCAAUUAAAUUAACAUUCCCCUAACUAUAAAAUUGAGGAGUUCUACUCGGAAGCGGCUCGAAUCGAAGCAGCUUAUCGCAAAUUAUUCCAUCGUGCUCCACCUUCUCAAAAACAAGAUUCUUACGAACUUGUUGUCUGCCAUGCUAAUGUAAUUCGCUAUUUUGUUUGUCGGUAAGUGUUUUUAAAAAUUCAAUGUUGAAACUCAGCAAUUUGGUUGAUUUUCAGAGCUCUUCAAUUUCCACCCGAAGGUUGGCUUCGUAUGUCAUUAGGAAACUGCUCUCUAACUUGGGUUGUUAUUCGACCAUCUGGAAAUGUGUCGAUUCGAUCAAUCGGAGAUAUUGGACAUUUGGCACCACACAAAGUAUCUUUCACAUAA